CAGACUGCACAUGUGGGAAUAUACUGGGGAAAAGCAGUGAUCACGUUUCUUGACGCUAUUCUGGAUAAGACGCUCCGAAGCACUGUUGCUCUGCUUGCUGCUCGUGGCCGGGGCAAGUCAGCUGCUCUUGGGUUGGCAAUUGCAGGGGCUGUUGCCGCAGGGUAUUCUAAUAUAUUUGUAACAGCGCCUAGUCCUGAAAAUCUGAAAACUCUGUUUGCCUUUGUCUGCAAGGGUUUCGACAUGCUCGAGUACAAGGAACACCUUGAUUAUGAUAUUGUGAAAAGCAAUAACCCAGAGUUUAAAAAAGCUACCGUGAGGAUCAACAUCUAUAAGCAGCACAGACAGACAAUUCAGUAUAUACUACCACAUGAGCAUGAAAAGCUAUCACAAGUGGAAUUGUUGGUGGUUGAUGAAGCAGCAGCUAUUCCAUUACCUGUCGUCAAAUCUUUGCUUGGUCCUUACCUCGUCUUCCUUGCAUCAACUGUCAAUGGCUAUGAAGGCACUGGAAGAUCCUUAUCAUUGAAGUUGCUGCAGCAACUAGAGGAGCAAAGUCAGAAGUCCAAAAGCACAGAUAGUGCACUUUCAGGUCGGCUUUUUAAGAAGAUAGAAUUGAGUGAAUCCAUUAGAUAUGCUUCUGGUGAUACCAUUGAGCGAUGGCUUAAUGCAUUGCUCUGUUUGGAUGUUACAAAUGCUAUCCCAAGUAUCAGAAGGUUACCACAACCGGGUGAUUGCGAUCUCUACUAUGUUAACCGGGACACACUUUUCUCUUAUCAUAAGGAUAGUGAGUUAUUUUUGCAGCGAAUGAUGGCCCUCUAUGUUGCUUCUCAUUACAAAAAUUCUCCAAAUGAUUUACAAUUGAUGGCUGAUGCUCCAGCUCACCACUUGUUUGUGCUACUAGGCCCUGUUGAUGAGUCAGAAAAUCGUCUUCCUGAUAUUCUCUGUGUCAUCCAGGUCUGCCUGGAGGGUCAAAUUUCCCAGGAGUCUGCCAAAAGAGCUCUGAUGGAAGGUCGCCAGCCCUUUGGAGAUCAGAUACCUUGGAAGUUCUCUCAGCAGUUUGCUGAUGAUGUAUUCCCAAGCCUUUCAGGUGCCCGCAUCGUACGCAUUGCUACACAUCCGAGUGCCAUGAGGCUUGGAUAUGGUUCUGCUGCCGUUGAACUCCUAACCAGGUACUUUGAGGGUCAGUUGACUCAAUUAUCUGAAGUAGAGAUGGAAAAUGGUUUGGAGACUCCUCAAGUCAGUGUAACUGAAGCUGCAGAGAAGGUCUCUUUGCAGGAAGAAAAUAUAAGACCGAGAACAGAUCUUCCUCCUUUGCUUGUCCCUUUACGUGAAAGACGACCUGAAAGGCUUCAUUACCUUGGGGUCUCAUUUGGACUUACCUUGGAUCUUUUCCGCUUUUGGAGAAAACAUAAAUUUGCUCCAUUUUUCAUCGGCAAUGCCCCGAAUAGCGUAACUGGCGAGUACACAUGCAUGGUCUUGAAGGCAUUGAAAAAUGAUGAUGUUGAAGCCGCUGGAUCAGAUGAGUGGGGCUUUUAUGGUCCCUACUAUCGAGAAUACAAGCGAAGGUUAGUCGAACUGUUGAGUUCUACCUACCGGAGGAUGAACUACAAGCUUGCUAUGAGUGUCUUUGAUCCAAAGAUCAACUUUGUGGAGCAGGACCCUGCUUCUUCUGCUUCAAGUGAAUUCUUAAACUUCAUGAAGUUUGUUCUGGAACCUCAUGAGAUGAAGAGGCUUGAAGCUUACUCAAAUAGCCUUAUUGACUACCCCUUGAUUCGAGAUGUUGCUCAAAAACUUGCGCGCAUGUAUUUUUUGGAGCAUUUGCCAGUUUCACUUUCAUAUGCCCAGGCUUCCCUUUUGCUUUGCUAUGGUCUGCAGCACAAAGACAUCCCUGAAAUAGAGGGAGAAAUGAAUUUGGAAAGGCAGCAGAUAUUGUCCUUGUUCAUGAAAGUCAUGAAGAGGCUUUGCAAAUACCUAAAUAAUCUAACAUCAAAAGAAAUUGACUCAACUGAAUCUCGGCUUAAAGCGCUUAAGAUGGAACCACAUUCUAUAUCUGUUGAUGAAGAUCUCAAUGAUGCUGCAAAGAAAGUCCAGGAUGAGAUGAAAGCGAAGACGGAAGGUUUGUUGGACCCAGAACUAUUUCAGCAAUUCGCUAUAGUGGACAGAGAAGCUGAUUUUGAAAAUGCUCUCCAGAAUGGUGGCGGAAAGAUAGUUCCUGGCGGUGUAAUUAGUGUAAAAUCCAACAAAAGCAAGUCAGAAAAGCAUUCCAAGCCGGAGACUGAAAAGAGUGACAAGAAAAGAAAUAAAAACCACUCUGGAUCUAAAUCACAUAAGAAGAGGAGGAGUUGAUCUUGUUGACACAAUAAGUUCUUCCCUCUCGUUUUCUAAUGCCUGCUUCAUUUCCUGGGUUGUUUCUCCUAUUAAUUUAUGGCAAGGGGGAGCAGAGCUCGAUCAUACAUCUUGUUGCAUAUUGCCAUCUUAAUCACAACCAUCACCACUAUUAUGCAAUCAUUUAUAGGUCCACAGAUUCUGUUCCUUCAACCCAAUUUUGCAAAAUUUUCUCCGAGUAAUUCUUUUACUUUGUAAUAGGUUAGGAAUACUAGCUAUCUCGUCCUUCAGUCCAUAGAAGCUCUCUCCUUAUUGGGAUUCUCAAGAAUAGAGCGAAGUAGCAUUUUUCUGCACCAUGUCAAGAAUAGAUCUUUAAAGCAUUUUUUUUUUGGUUCGGUUUGGGUUUAUGUAUUGGGGUUACUAAUUGAAUUUGCGCCUCGUUAGUUCCAUUAAAGGAGGAUGCAAUCUUCGUUGAGACCUUUGAUUAAGAGUAGAGAGAUUAUAUCUAUGCCACCAUAAUCUGGUAAAGUUGCCAGAUUAUAUCUAUACAAAUUGGUUCAUAUUUGACAUUC